AUGCAUCAAGAGGCAAAAGAAGGCGCGAGGGGCGAGCAGAAGCCGGAGAAGAAGGAGGUGGACUUGCGUGACCCAGCGGCGGUGGAGAGUCUGACGGCAAGUCAGAAGGCGGAGAAGGCGAAAUCGGCCGCGUUGCAGGCGUCGUUGGACGCCGGUGCGCCUGAGAAGUUCGAAUUUGAGGUCUCGGGUUCCGCGCCUGAGAAGUAUGAGCAUGCAAAGGAGCUGAAGAUGCGUUCGGUGGAUAGCAAGGAGCCGUUGAACACAGCUAUGAAGCCCAGCAAAGGCCGCGGGGAACUCGGCCGUGAACGUUCCGUUACCGAGCGACAUAGUGUUUCCGCGCGGUCCGACCAACAAGUCGACAAACAGAGCAAACCGACCGACGAAACGCCGUCAGACGAACAGGGCAACACCACCAAACAACAGUCUCGUAGACGCCGCAGACUCACCAUCAACAUGGGCAUCCCAGCGGAUGAACAAAGCAACGAAAAUUAA